AUGUCUCAUCGGAAUAAAGAUGGAAAACAGAGAAAGCUACCCCUUCUAUACGGACAGUGCAGUCAAGAACUUGUUGCCAAACAGCGGUGGAACGACUUUCCAGAUUCACAUAACGGAGACGACGACGAUUGCGACGACGUGACGAUAGAGUUAGAUUCACCAACUCUUAGUGCUAUCAACUACGCAGAACUUCUGGACGCAUUGGGUCUGGCACUAUCAAGUAGCAUCUGUCAAGUUAGCCUGACAUUCUCUGGAAACGUCUCAGAUCUUGGACGAUCAUUCAACAUGUCUGUUAACGGUCAUAAACCUGAAUUUAAAAAGAUCAAUCUCGUCGGAAAUGCUCCGCUCAGUGAUGGUGCUGUUCAAUACGAGAGUAUCAAGCAGUUUGUUGAACAAACCGUUAGUGAUGCAGAAAAAAGAAAACCGAUCAGAAAGUUGCUCGUCGCCACAAAUGGAAUUGCUGCAGUUCGAUGCAUCACCACAAUUAAUAGAUUUCUUAAUCACACAUUCCGUAACGAUAAACUGAUCCAUUACGUUUGCAUGGCGACCCAAGAUGAGAUCGAUGCCAACUCCGAAUACAUCAAAAAAGCCACAAGUUUGGUUAUCUCACCAUCAGGAAGCAACAAGAACAACUAUGCAAACGUUGAUGAGGUAGUAAAGCAUGCCAUCGAAAAGAAUGUCGACGCUGUUUGGGCAGGAUGGGGACACGCUUCUGAAAACCCAGAUUUACCGAGAAGACUCGCCGAGAACAAUAUUGUCUUUAUUGGACCACCAGCCAGUGCCAUGUUCAGUUUGGGAGACAAAAUCGCAAGUACCAUUAUUGCACAGACAGUCGGAAUUCCCACUAUUGCCUGGUCGGGUUCUGGAAUCACAAUGGAGAAGACACAACGUAAUAAGGGAGACUUUGUGGAAGUUCCGAAAAUACUUCUGGAGAAAGCUUGUGUCCGCACAUACCAAGAAGGAUUGGAUGCUCUUCGCACCCACAACAUUGGUUUCCCACUCAUGAUCAAAGCUUCCGAAGGAGGUGGUGGUAAGGGAAUCAGAAAGUGCAGCAAAGUGGAAGAUUUCAAGAGUAUGUUCGUUGAAGUCACACUUGAAGUUCCAAAUUCGCCAGUCUUCUUGAUGAAGUGUGUGGAGAACGCAAGACACAUUGAAGUACAACUCAUCGCUGAUCGUUACGAGAAUGUGAUUUCUGUCUUCACACGUGACUGCUCGAUUCAACGUCGUUGUCAAAAGAUCAUUGAGGAGGCUCCAGCAAGUGUUGCUCCAAUGGAGACUCGCAAGCGUAUGCAAGAGGAUGCAGUUCGAAUUGCCAAAUAUGUCGGAUACGAAUCAGCAGGAACUGUUGAGUAUCUCUAUUUGCCCGAAGAUGACACCUACUUCUUCCUCGAGCUUAAUCCACGUCUUCAAGUUGAGCAUCCUGCCACUGAAAUGGUCUCCGGCAUCAGUAUUCCAGCAAUUCAAAUUCAAAUCGCUAUGGGACUACCACUUCACAAGAUUGUGGAUAUCAGAACUCUCUACAAUCUUCCAAAAAGUGGAGAUCAAGAACUCCCGGAUGACGUUCUUGUAGAGACUGCACAUCAUGCAAUUGCUGCCCGUAUUACUAGUGAAGACCCAGAUGACAGCUUCCGUCCAUCGACCGGAUCAGUCAAGGAGCUCAAUUUCAACUCAUCUCAAGAUGCAUGGGCUUAUUUCUCAGUUUCUGGAGGAGGAAAAGUACACGAGUUCGCUGAUUCUCAGUUUGGACACUUGUUCGCCCGUGGAACCACCAGAAAUCAAGCGAUCGGAAACAUUCUUGGCGCACUCAAAGAGAUGCAAAUCACAGCUAGUUUCAAAUCGCAAGUCUCCUACCUCAUCGACUUGAUUCAAGAGCCUGAUUUCACCAACAACGGUUUCUCGACCCAAUGGUUGGAUGACAGAAUUGCAAAGAAAAUCAAACAGAAACGCACUCUUCCGAUGAGCGACAUCAUUGCUAUCAGUGCCGCCGUUAUCGGUUACCAGCGCGUCACAAACGCUUUCGAAACGUUCAAGGUAUCAAUCGAGAAUGGACAGAUCUUGCCGCCAAAUGAUCUCACUGAAACAUUCCACUUUGAUCUUGUUCAAGACCUCAAGAUUUAUAAGAUGGGAGUCACCAGGGAUCACGAUAACUUUGUUGUUGCUCUGAAUGGAUCUCAAACCAGUGUUAACAUUGUGCGAUUCGGAGAUUCUGGAACAUUGAUGGCCACACAUAGAGAAAGUGUAUAUCAUUGCAAUCUUGAAGAGGACAAAGAUAUCUACAAGCUGAAAAUCUCCAAUAAUAUUAUCAUCUUCGAGAAGGAUAAUGAUCCAAGUGUCUUGAAAUCUCCAUACACUGGAAAAUUCUUGGGUUACAAAAAAGAAGAGGGAGAGUUUGUAGAUGUUGGAGAGAUUUUUGCUACUGUUGAGUCAAUGAAGCUUGUGUUCAAUGUCGAAGUCAAGAAGUCACCUGGAAGACUCCAAUAUGUGGCUCAUGAAGGAGAAGCAAUUAAUCCUGGAAGCGUCAUUGGACGACUCGUUGGACUUGAGAACAGUGAUAUGUACCGACCACAGCAGUUCGAAGGAACAUUCCCAGAAUGGACACCGGUGAAAAACUCUCACCCGGAAAGCAGUGUCAAUGUUUACAACGAGUGUCUUAAGAAAUGCCAUAGCAUUCUUUCCGGAUCAAACCCAUUCGGAGGAGCCAAUGAAGUCACUGCUCUCGUCACUCAACUUUUCACCUUCCUCAACUUCAAUGACCUCUCCAGAUUCAUUCUUGAGCCAGUCCUCGUUCAAGUGACCAAAACGUUCCCUCCAAAUGUUCGCAAAAACUUCAUUGAUGUGGUCGCAAAACCAUGUUUCACCGGAGACAAGCUUGUGCAAGCUCUCAACGGAUACGUCCUCAGUCCAGAAGACCGAAUCAAGUUCGACCAAGCUGUCAAUGAGUUUGCUUAUGGCUCCAAAGGAUUUGUUGCCGGAGUUUUGAACAAUCUCCUCCGUGCAUACAUUAAUGUUGAGAAGUUCUUCGAAGGAAAGGGAUAUGAUGACUCUGUAACAGAGAUCAAGGAGAACAAUGUGAGCGGAGACGCAGUUGUGCAGACCAUCUACUCUCACACUCAAAUCAAGAACAAGAAUCUUGUCAUGAGAGCUAUUCUUGAGGCAUUGAAGCAGACUGAAGCCAAGUAUAUCCCAUCGUUGCUCGAUAAUCUCCGUGAAAUUGGAAAUCUUCAUCACACCGAAGAGAUAUCCAGCUUGGCCAGAGAGAUUCUUCUAAUCUUCCAAAACUUGUGCUAUAAGAACAACUACUCCGGAAUCACUGCUAGUGGAAAGCCAGCUACUGUUGCAGAAGUCAAGUAUUGGCUUAACAGCCCAGUCGCAAAGAGACCAGAUUCUACCGGAUGGAAGGUUAUCCAUGAAUACUUCUUCGACAAAGAUAUCGGAUCUCAAUGCCUUGAUCGCUACGUUGCGAUGCACAUUUCUGCAGAGAGUGGAUAUCUGGAGAACACAUACAAGCUUCCAACAAUGGAUUGCACCAUCAAUCACUUCUCUUUGGUUCCAAAACCAACUAGCUUCAACAAGAUUGUCCUCAAGGGAAAUAAGUUGAUUGUUGUCCGUUUGUCAAUCGACUCCGAAGACUACAACACUUGCUUCACCAACCCUGAAUUCUUGGAAUGUUUGAAGAAGAACUUCUCUCAAUACUGCAAAUCUAAGGAUGUCAUCAAUGUUUCCAUUUUCGUCAAGAUUUUGAAUGAUAAUUCUAUCCAUCAUGACGCUUCCACACUUACCGACGCAGAGGAGCAGAAGGUGUGCUAUGCUCAGAACGCCGUUGUUAACAUUAAGGCUUACCUUGAAAAAGAUUUCGAUGUAAACCGCGUCAACACUGUCAUCUGCCUUCACGACCGCCCACUCCCACAACUCACCAUCUUCGAGCAAGUCCGACUUGAAAAGGAUCGUCUUCCAGUGAACUCUUACCCAGUUCUCUCAAGACUUUCUUCAGUCCGUGCUUACCAGCAGGAUGAUGCUGCGAGCAACUUCUCCAAAUUGUUCAUUCGUCAACAGUUGAUCAUUCCAGGAAAUAAGGCUGAGGAUGUCAAGCGGAAAGUGUCUGAAGCCGUCUUCCUUGCAUUGGACAAUGCCUGCACUGCUGCUCAAGUAGCCAUGGGAAAGAAGAGCACGACUGGAAAGGAACUCUUCUUCACUUCCAACCACGUGUUCGUAUUCAUUUCCUGUCCAGGACUUCCAAAGGAGGUUAUUGCUUCCGAGGAGUUCAUGACGUUCAUGAAGGAGUGCAUCACCGAAGAAGUGGAUAACCACAAGUCGAUUCUUGCCAAGCAUCAAAUCAACGAAGUCGAAAUGGUCUAUGAGUCGAUCGAUGGUCACAAGAGAAUUGUUAUCCGUGAUGAGACAGGUGUCACCACAGAGGUCAUCACGGAGUUCCCAGAAACUCUUGGAACCUAUCCAACUGUCUCUGUUGUCGACAAGAAACGUUUCGCUGCUCGCAGAGUCAACUCUUCUUACAUCUAUGACUUCCCAAUCAUCUUCGGAAUGGCUGCUGUAAACUCAUGGAAGGCUGCGGAGUCAUUGGAUAAGGAGGCAUACAACAAGAGUGUUGAAUUGCUCAGCGCAGAUAUGGCUGCAGCCCUGAAUGAAGGAAGAUGGAGAGACUUCUUCAGUUAUGAAGAACUUGUUUUCGAAAAUGGAAAGCUUGAGCAUAUCAGUGAUGCCGCCCUUCUUCAAAAACGCUCGAAGAAUGCUCUCAACAAAUGUGGAAUGGUUGCAUGGACCAUGACUCUGUACACUCCAGAAAAACCACUCGGUUACACAAUUGUUCUUAUUGGAAACGAUGUCACCUUCCAAUCCGGAUCGUUCGGAACUGCUGAAGACGAUCUUUUCGCUGCUGCUUCCACCUUCUCCCGCGAACAAAAACUUCCACGUGUCAACGUCUCAGUCAACUCGGGAGCUCGCAUUGGGCUUUCUACUAAAAUUUCUAAGCUGGUCAAGGUGCAAUUGAAGAAUGAUGAGAAGCCAGAUCAAGGAUUCGACUACAUCUAUGUCGACGGAGAGCACAAGGCUGAUGUUGAAGGACAAGUGGUGUAUGAGGAGUUGGACAACGGAAGAUUAAAGAUUAAUGCCGUGAUUGGUGCCAAGAAUGAGAAGAUUGGAGUUGAGAACUUGCAGGGAUCUGGUCUUAUUGCUGGAGAAACCUCUCGUGCUUACUUCGAAGUUCCAACAUAUUGUUAUGUCACCGGAAGAUCUGUUGGAAUCGGAGCCUACACUGCUCGUCUCGCUCACAGAAUCGUUCAACACAAACAAUCUCAUUUGAUCCUUACUGGAUACGAAGCGUUGAACACUCUGCUCGGAAAAAAGGUGUACACAUCGAACAAUCAGCUCGGAGGACCGGAAGUCAUGUUCCGCAACGGUGUCACUCACGCUGUUGUUGAAAAUGAUUUGGAAGGAAUCGCUAAAGUGCUCAAGUGGAUGUCUUACUUGCCAACAAAACAGAACCAAUUCCCAUACUUCUGUCAAUAUGGAAAUGACUCCAACCUCCGUGAUGUCAGAGUUCCAUUGGACGGUGGAGACGAGAAACAAUACGAUGUACGUCAACUCAUUGACUCCAAAGAUAUUCACAACAAACAUGGAAUCUGUGAUACCAUGUCAUUCGAUGAAAUUUGUGGAGAUUGGGCGAAGUCGAUUGUUGCCGGAAGAGCAAGACUGUGUGGAAUUCCAAUCGGAAUCGUUGCAUCUGAGUUCCGCAACUUCCAGACCACUGUACCAGCAGACCCAGCUCUCGAAGGAUCACAAACCCAGAACACCCAACGUGCCGGACAAGUGUGGUACCCGGACUCUGCCUUCAAGACAGCUGAGGCUAUCAAUGACUUGAACAAAGAAAACUUGCCACUCAUCAUCAUCGCCUCCCUCCGUGGUUUCUCUGGAGGACAGAAGGAUAUGUACGACAUGGUUCUGAAGUUCGGAGCACAGAUUGUUGACGCUUUGGCCGUUUACAACAGACCAGUCAUUGUCUACAUCCCAGAAGCCGGAGAACUUCGUGGAGGAGCUUGGGCUGUGUUGGAUAGCAAAAUCCGUCCAGAGUUCAUCCACCUCGUCGCCGAUGAGAAGUCCCGAGGAGGAAUCCUGGAGCCAAACGCAGUUGUCGGAAUCAAGUUCCGUAAACCAGUGAUGGCUGAGAUGAUGAAGAGAUGUGAUGAAUCCUACGCCACACUUGCCGCCGAUCCGACCUCCAAGAAACUUGCCGAGGAGAGAUACACCGAGUUGAGCAAGGUCUACAAAAACGCUGCGAUUGAAUUCGCAGAUGCUCAUGACAGAUGGCAAAGAAUGAAGUCGGUGGGAGCAGUCGACCAUGUAACAUCCCUGAAAAACUCCAGAAGACUAUUCUUCGCAUUGUUCAGAAAUGAGCUUGCUAAAGUUGGAAUGGCUAACUUGUACACAAGUGCUCCACACGCCAGCAAACCAAACCUCGACUUUGCCAUGAACUGGGUUGAGAGCAAUCUGAAAAACUCCGUUGACCGAUCCGCUUCACUGGAUGAACAAUUCAGACAGCUUGAAACUUAUAGCAAAGAUCAUUUAGUGAAAGAUGUGGUUAGCGCUGUGAGAGAAUCCAAGAGAAAGUAUGAAGAACAUGUCAACAAUUUCCUGGCUUCAUGUCAAUAA